CGUUGGGCAGGCUCCCUCUAGGAUGGCCAACAACGUUCACAUGAGUGGGCUGCUCAGCCGCCACGACGAUGAAGCCACCAGGACCUCCACCUCCGAGGGCCUGGAGGAGGGCGAGGUGGAAGGGGAGACUCUCCUGAUUGUGGAGUCCGAGGACCAGGCUUCCGUGGAUUUAUCGCACGACCAGAGCGGGGACUCCCUGAACAGCGACGAGGGUGAAGCGUCCUGGAUGGAGGAGAUGUCCUAUUACUGUGAGAAGUGCCAGAAGUGGAUCCCAGCAAGUCAACUGAGAGAACAGCUCAGCUACCUCAAAGGAGAUAACUUUUUCAGAUUUACUUGCUCUGAUUGCUCAGAAGAUGGGAAGGAGCAAUUUGAACGUCUGAGAUUAACAUGGCAACAAGUUGUCAUGUUGGCAAUGUACAACUUGUCUCUGGAAGGAACGGGCCGCCAGGGGUACUUCAGAUGGAAAGAAGACAUUUGUGCUUUUAUUGAGAAACACUGGACUUUCUUACUAGGGAACAGGAAAAAGACUUCAACAUGGUGGAGCACAGUUGCUGGCUGCCUCUCUGUGGGGAGCCCCUUAUUUUUCCGCUCAGGGGCACAGGAAUUUGGAGAACCAGGAUGGUGGAAGCUGGUUCAUAACAAGCCCCCAACACUGAAACCUGAAGGAGAGAAGCUGUCAGCAUCUGCACUGAAGGCAAAAGCAGCUUCCAAGCCCCCGCUGGACCCCAUCAUUACUGUGGAAGGCCUUCGGAAGCGGGUGAGCCGCAAUCCAGUGGAGUCAGCCAUGGAGCUGAAGGAGAAGAGGUCUCGCACUCAGGAAGCCAAGGACAUUCGGAGAGCCCAGAAGGAAGCAGCCGGGUUCCUGGACCGCAGCACUUCCUCCACUCCCGUCAAGUUCAGCAGCCGCUGCCGCCGGCCCGACAUCGUCCUGGAGAAAGGAGAGGUCAUUGACUUCUCCUCCCUGAGCUCGUCCGACCGCACGCCUCUGACCAGCCCCUCUCCGUCCCCGUCCCUGGACUUCUCUGCUCCCGGCACUCCUGCCUCGCACUCGGCCACUCCCAGCCUGCUCUCGGAAGCCGAUCUCAUCCCGGACAUCAUGCCACCACAGGCGCUCUUCCAUGAUGAUGAGGAGAUGGAAGGAGAUGGAGUCAUAGACCCAGGAAUAGAGUAUGUGCCCCCUCCCAGUGGGACAGGUGGUGCUGGCACCAUCAUAGCAAGCAGGAAAAAAGUGAAGACAGCUGAGCAGAUCAAGCAAGAGGUGGAGAGUGAAGAAGAAAAAACAGAACGGAUGGAAGGUGACAGUGAAGAUCCUGAAGAGUUAAACACACCCUUGCAGGUGAGAGGACGAGACAAGGGGAAGUCACAGCUGGAGAAAGAUGCUAAACCCAGAGCUCCCAAGCACACCUCAGUUAGCAUCUAUGAAGAAAAGCUGCUGCUGAAGAGACUGGAAGCCUGUCCCAAUGCUUUGAGCAUGACCCCAGAGGCCCGGAGGCUGAGGCGCAAGCUACUGGUCAGGCAGGCCAAGAGGGAGAGAGGACUCCCACUCUUUGACUUGGACCAGGUUGUGAAUGCUGCAUUGCUCCUGGUUGAUGGGAUUUAUGGAGCUAAAGAAGGUGGUGUCUCCAGGUCUCCAGUAGGGCAAGCAACAUACAGAACUACUAGCCAGGACUUCAGGAUCUUGGACAGAUACCAGACAGUGCUGCCCGCCACGAAGGGAUACCGCCAGCAGACAACCAAGUUUCUGUACCGCCUGGUAGGCUCGGAAGACCUGCUGACAGACCACAGUAUUGUCAGCCCUUACACCUCCCGUGUCCUUAAACCUUACAUCAGACGUGAUUAUGAGACAAAGCCUCCAAAACUCAGGCUGCUGGCAGAAAUCCGGGCGAAUCCACACAAGAAUGAUAUCAACUGGAAAGCUGAGCCAGAAGCACCCAUUGAUUACUGCUAUGUUCGCCCUAAUCACAUCCCCACUAUAAACUCCAUGUGCCACGAAUUCUUCUGGCCUGGAAUCGAUUUGUCAGAGUGCCUGCAGUAUCCAGACUUCAGUGUUGUUGUCCUUUACAAGAAAGUUAUCAUUGCCUUUGGCUUUAUGGUGCCAGAUGUGAAGUACAAUGAAGCUUACAUCUCUUUUCUGUUGGUGCACCCUGAGUGGAGAAGAGCUGGGAUUGCAACCUUCAUGAUUUACCAUCUUAUCCAGACCUGCAUGGGCAAGGACGUCACCCUUCACGUCUCUGCAAGCAACCCUGCUAUGCUGCUCUACCAGAAGUUUGGAUUUAAGACCGAGGAGUACAUUUUGGAUUUUUAUGACAAGUAUUACCCCUUGGACAGCAAGGAGUGCAAGCACGCCUUCUUCCUCAGGCUGCGGCGCUGAGCUGCGGGAGGGGUCUGGGGAAAAGCCCAGUCCAUCCAAAAAACCCCCCCAGCUUUUGGUGGAGGAUGUUGGCUGCCACGGGAGAGCUGGAACACGCUGGUGUGUUUAUCCUUAGGACUUUGGAUGUCAGCAGUGAGAUGUUGUGUGUGGAAAGAGGAUUGAUUCCUGUGCUCCAAGGGGAGAGGCCUGGAAAUGCCAACUAGGAUACACUGAAACCACUGGAAAAUUGAAAUUCCUUAUGGGGAAUUUUUUUGCCCCUGUUACUUUAGAGAGCCUCAUUAGCAAACAAAAAUACCAAACAAAAAAGUGUUUUUCACUUCAGAGGGGCUAAACCAGAGGUUUUUUGUCUCUGUUUUUGUUUAUGAGCAAAAAUGAACACCUAAACUUAAACCAUUCAGUGUUUUUGCAGUUUGAUUACUUUGUUAGGAACUGUCUUGAGUCUGUGAAGAGAAAUAAGAUAUUGGUGCCUGUAGCUGGAUGUUAACUUUAGAAAAGUUCUGCACAUGCCAGCCAGAACCAUAGUCCUGGAACCAUGUUUCAGGACUGCUGAAGAGUGUGUUCAUUCCUGUUAUCCCAAGCACAGGGCUCAGAGGAGACACCUUUGUUUUGCUCCUUCCCUGCUGCCUUCCCUUCCCCUCCUUGCCCCGUGCUCAGUGUGAAGGUCUCGUGGCGCACAGUGUUUUGUGUUCAGGAACGGUGUCAGGUGGGUUUGUGUGUAGGCAAGGUAGGACACCACAGCUGCCAAGUCAACUCUUUGGAAUCUUUCCACUUCCCUGCUGGUUGUUGGUCUGCAGAUCACUGGGCACGCCUCUAGCCACAGAGCAGCCUCACAGGCUCCAGCACCCACCUCCUCCUGCUACAGGCGCUCUGGCUGGAAGAAACCCAGGGCAAAAGUCAGCGGGGAUGUUUGAAAUGCAGGCUCUGGUUUGUAGAAGCAUUGUGCUUGCAGCCUGGAGGGAGGAGAGGGCAGAGGUGGCCCAGAUCUAGUUCUUGGAAGCACCUAGGCUCACCUAGCAAAGAAUAAAGAGAAAUGCCUAAGAAUUAAAAAAUAGAAUCCUGAACACUUUCUCUGGUAGUGGCUCUUGUCCUUUUCCACAAUGUAGCAGCUUCUCUUUCUGCCUGCCUUUCAGUGCAGAUGAACAGAAAACUGCACUGACCAAAGGUCAGGCUGUGUGUUUUAACUACGGAUCACAUCCAUUGGGAUGGUCCUUUUACAUCAAGCCCACAGAGAGCUACACACUAAAUGUGACUUUUGUCCUUAAUCUACUGUGUGUACCUGUUGGCUACCUGACUAAAGCAAGAGUUGUUUUAGUAACUACUUAGUGAAGUCUUCAUUUUGGUAACAGAGGAGAAAGGGACAGAAAGUAUGUUUUUGUGUAGCCAGUGUCCAUCAUCACCAACACAAAACCAACCAAUGGUAAUGGAAAGGAAAACCAGGCUAGCCAAGGGUUGUGUGCCUGAAUAUCCAUGCACAUUUCUGCCUGUUUAAUGACUGUGAAAAUUUUCAAUGUUUUAAUGUUAUAAGUUAGCUGGACUUCAAAAGAAAAUAAAUAUAUGUCUUUAUGAGUGGAA